UGUUUCCCUCCGUGUCCUUCAGAUUUGGGUCUUUUGGGAGCUGCCCCAACAGGGGGGAAGAGCAUCGCUCGAUCUUUUUUUUAUUUUUGGUCUUAACUGGCACCGUGGUGACACCACAGGUAGGUUUGCUGGGAGUGUUUCAGAGGGUAGGAAAGUCUCGUGGUGUGGGAGCAGAAGGAGGGAGGCAGGGAGUAAUUCACAGUUCAUGCUGCUGGGCUGAAGUUAGGCUCUAACUUUUGAGAGCCUGGCAAAACAUUAGAAAUCAUAUGUAAUGUUAAGUGUGUGCAUUAAAAAUAGGCCUCUGCUCAGCCCAGGAGAAUCUGAGGUGAUCAGAAAGGUUUCUGGUUUUUUUUCAGGCUACACUUAUUUAACCAAUAGCCUUCCUGUGAGGCUGUACCAGUUUCAGCUCAUAGGAUCCUUCUGUUUACAGUGGGUUUGAGUAGAAAAGCUAAUCAAUAGAGAAACACGAAAAGUAUAGACAUAGUCAUAGCCCAGCCCUACUAAACAUGUUCUUUCCAUAGCAUAAACUCCCCCUUUGGGUUAAUUUCCUGUGUGAGACAACUGGCCCAGUCUGGGAUUGUCCCAGUAUUGCUUUAGUUCUUGUUUUGCACAGCUGGUUCUCUUCUUCUUGCCAUUAAAAACAUUAAAAGGCUCCUGCCUACUACCAGAUCCUGUCUGUACAAUAUAAAAAAUUAUCUUGUGGACUGCAAAGAAAACUGAAACUGGGAAUUCCUCCACUUUCCCAGCCCAGAAAAUGAUAGGUGAUCUUCAGAUAUGUGAGGAACUUAACACAUCCCGACCAAGUAGGAACAUUCAUAUCAAUUCCAGUAACAAUAACAAUCAACAAUAAUUACAACAACAGCAUCCGUGUUACCGGUUUCGCUGUUGCCAUUCCUGCUGUUGCUAUUAUUACUGUCAUUAUCAUUAUUUGUUGUUGUCACUAUUAUUAUUUACACAGGCACGAGAUGUGGCUGCUCAUUGCAAUCCUGCUCCUCGUGCAAGCACCCACGAGCUCCGAAGGUGCCACCAAGCAGAAGAAGGCUCUAAACCCCGAGGCUCUCAUGAACGUUAGCCAAAUCAUCUGCCACAGAGGGUACCCCAGUGAGGAGUAUGAAGUGCUGACUCGUGAUGGCUACUACAUCCACCUGAACAGAAUUCCUCAUGGAAGAGAAAAGCCUAAGAACAGAGGGGCCAAGCCAGUCGUGUUUCUCCAGCAUGGGAUAUUUGGAGAAGGCAGCCACUGGGUGGAAAAUCUGGCUAACAACAGCCUUGGCUUCAUACUAGCAGACUCUGGCUAUGAUGUGUGGCUGGCAAACAGCCGGGGGACCAGCUGGUCCCGGAGACACCAGCACCUUUCAGCUGACCAGGUGGAAUUCUGGGAUUUCAGCUUCCAUGAGAUGGCAAUGUUCGACCUCCCGGCCGCCAUCGACUUUGUGCUGCAGAAAACGGGGCAGAAGCAGCUCCACUACGUUGGCUACUCCCAGGGCUGCUCACUUGCGUUUAUUGCGUUUUCAUCCAUGCCUGAACUGGCUCAGAAAGUCAAAAUGUUUUUUGCCCUGGCUCCAGUAGUGUCACUCAAGCACACCAAAAGUCCAUUCAUGAAGAUGCAGCUCCUCGUGGACAACAAGCUCAAGAUGAUUCCGGCGCUGCUGGGCAGAACGGACGCGUCCCUGCGCAUCAGGAAGCUGUGGCGCUUCCUCCCGGAGCUGUGCAGGCACACGCUGCUGCACAGGCCCUGUGCCAGCCUCUUCUUCCUGCUGGGCGGCUACAACGAGAAGAACCUCAACAUGACACGGCUGGAUGUGUACACAUCCCACUAUCCAGAUGGCACCUCUGUCAAAAACAUCAUCCACUGGGCCCAGGUGAUAAAAUCCGGAGAAUUCAAAGCCUUUGACUACGGCAGCGAGAACCCAGCUAAGUACCACCAGGACACACCGCCCUUGUACCGCGUGGAGGAGAUGCCGGUGCCCACGGCGGUGUGGUCGGGAGGGCAGGACUGGGCAGCUGACUGGAGGGACGUGCUGCAGCUGCUGCCCCGCAUCAGCCACCUCGUCACCUACACCCACAUCCCCGACUGGAACCACUGGGACUUUGUCUGGGGCCUGGACGCCCCUGGGCGCCUCUACAGCAGCAUCCUGAGGCUGAUGGAGGGGUCCCGGUAGAGCGGCGGCUCCCGGGGGAGUGCCGGUGGCCUGGCCCCUGUCCCUCAGCUGAGACAGCCCCAGGAGAGGGUGGGACACUCCCUGCUGUCCCCUCCUUCCUGCUGGCCUGACACGCUUGUGGUGAUGGUGCUUUCCCCGCAUCCCUUGGUUGUUGGGGUCUGUCCUUCUUGCCUGGGAGCUCCGCUGGCACCCUGCUGGGAGGGCAGCACCGGGCUCGGCCGAGGCACCGGAGCAGGCAGGAGCCACCAGCCCUGCUGGGAGAGCCCCAACAUGCUGGCGCUGACCCAGGGACACACGGGGACCCUGCCAUGACCCCAGAGUGGCUGCUCAGUGGGCUGUGGAUGAGAGCAGGCAGCCUGUGAGGAGCGGGAGGCAGCUGGGCCUGGAGAGUCUGGCUGUGGGGGGACAGGCUGAGAGCAGCCCCCAGCCGUGGCACUCAAAGGAAUGCAGGGCAUGCAUGAGGCCAAACCCUCCUUGGCAGCAGCCACAGGAGAUGCAGCGAGGGGUUCUGGCCCCAGAUUGCAGCCUAGGGGGCUCAGGUUGGAUUUGGAGAAUCCUUUUUCCCCAAGACAAGUCCCCAGGAAGUGGAAGGUCUCCAUCUGGGCCAAGGCAGGCAGCUGCCUGCAUUAUUUGGGCAGGAGCUCAGGGGCCAGGGGUCCCCAGGAAUGGCUGCUCAGCACCGAGACACUGGGAAUGAUCAUCCCUGUGACUGGUGUCCCCAAAUGGCCUGGGCUGGGCUGCAGGGCCACCGUCCCCCCAGGAAGCUGCUGCCAGGCUGAUGUCCCCAGCCCAUCCCACCCUGCUGCUUGCUGCAAACCCGGAGGUGGGGAAAAUCCCUCCUAAAUAAAUACUCAAAGAGGGUUUCAGGAGCCUGUGCUUUGACACCCCCAGCUCUUCCUUGCAUGGGAAUAUUUUCUGGGGAGCUGGCAGGGCCAGCAGGGACACAGGGCCAGCUGGUAGAGCUGGGUGGCACCGUGGGUCCUCCGAGGGUCCCAGCUGGGAGCAUCCCAGUACAUCCACUACCCUACCCCACCCCUGGGCAGGGGGCAGGAACUCUUGCUGGCAAAAAAAAAAAAAUCAAAAAAACAAACAAACAAAUAAAAAAACAGCCUUGGGAGUGGAGAGUUUUAUUGUAUUGAAGGUUUGGGAAUCACGGGUGGGCAGGAGCGCUGGCACUGGCCCUUGGGGCAGCUCUGCUGGGAUGUGUGCGGUGGCACCGCAGGGCGAUGGGCACCCACUGCUCCUCCACCCUGCCAGGCUGGCC